AUGGCUCCGACCGUCCUCUUCGUCCCAGGCUUCUGGGAGGGCCCGACGGUAUUUGACAAGGUGACCUCUCUCCUAACAGAGAAUGGUGUGAGAGGCGAAGUCGCCGUGCUGCGAAGCACUGGCACUACCUCACCCGGAAACCCAGGGAUGAAAGACGGCGAAGAUAUCCUCCUAGUUCUGCACUCGGCAGGCGGAUUUCUCGGUAGCGAGGCUCUUCAAGGUCUGGACAAGAGACCUCGUGGAGAGCAGCCCGGUGUGGUGAGCAUCGUUUUCCUGGCAGCCGCCGUCUACGCGGAAGGAUUCCAGCACCAGCCAUUGCCCUUCGCCGCCGUGGAGGGCGGAUCCUCCAGCUGCGUGCAACCUGAAACACUCCUAUUCGGCGACCUACCCGAAGCCGAAAAGGCCGAAUGGCUUACCGCUAUCAAGACGCAACCCGCAGAAGGGUGGGACGACACGGUCAGCUACACGGGGUGGAAGGACGUGCCAAGUGUAUAUCUAAUUUGCGAGGGUGAUAAUGCGCUCCCAAUCCCGCUUCAGGAGCAGCUAGCUGGUCUUGCAGGUAGCGAGAUCGAGCGAUGCAGUGCGGGUCACCUGCCUAUGCUGAGCCAGCCAGAAGUUGUAGUGAGGGUGGUCCAGGCGGCCUUGGCUCGGCAACCUUGGCCCGGCAACCUUGAGGGAACAAUGGACAACUGUUCUACAACUAGAAUAUGA